CGGCAACUGCGCAUCCACACAAUAACGCGGAGCUAUAGAAGCGGCGCUGACACAGACGACUAUGACCAAGACAGUAGCGCCUCCGGAUGGAGGCUGGGGCUGGGUUGUCGCCGGCGCCUCGGGCACCAUCCUCGGCCUCACGUGGGGACAGCAGAAGGCGUACGGCAUCUUUAUGCUUGACAUCAUGGAGCGGCUUGGCACGGACGUGCAAGAGACAUCAACGAUACUCGGCGUCGCAAUAGCAAUCUCCCUGCUCAUAGAGCCGCCACGAGAAUUCUUGUGGUACACGAUUUGA